AUGAAGUCAUCUCUCGUCCUCGGCGCCCUCGUCGGUUUGGCUGCAGCAGUUCCAACUCCACAACUGAUUGAUCUCGAUGGAGUGGCCGCCACCGACAUCCCUCCAGUUGGGCCAUCGUCCGAUGUGAUGGUUGCCCAACCAGAUACUUUUGAUGCCGCGGCUGCCAGCAAAGAAGCUGCUGCGUCGGUCGAAGCUGCAUCUACGAAGGUCAAGCGAGCUGAAGGGGACUGUGCUCCUCAGCCGAAUGGCUACGGGCCUAAAGCCACACCCGAUACUGCAGAGGGAUUCCUCGCCUUUCCAACCUACAGCGACCAGUCUAGCGGAGCGCCAAUUCCCCAGGGCUAUGCUCGCACUUUUCAAGGCCAUACCGGUUCCUGCGAACAAGGAACCUACCUUGGUCUCCACUUCUUGAAGACCUACGACCCGUACCUCUGCCAGCAGAAAUGUGAUUCUCAUCCAGAUGGCUGCACAAGCUUCAACCUGUAUUUCGAGCGAGAUCCCAGCGUUGAUGCUGGCCCAGCUUGCCCUAACCCCUCCUCCAUUACCACCAUCCGCUGCACUCUGUGGAAGAACACGCUCAUGACCGUGGAGGGUGCCGGAAAUGUCGGCCAAUGGCGCGGCCCCGAGGACGCCAAUGGAAAGGCUUUCCAAGUCGUCAUUGCAGGCAGCAAUGGCUAUCUCAAAGACGCCCCUCCCCCAUCAUACCCAGGCUACACCGGCCCAACCCGGUUUGGUGGCGCCAUCAACGCACCCUUGGCUGCAGGCAACGUUGACACUUACAUGGGUUACAAAUUCUACGCCAACGGCGACUAUUCCCAGUGCGUGGCUGCCUGCUCUGCUCAAACAGCCUAUAAUGCCCGCCAUCCGCCCCAAGACGGAAGCCCGCCCAAGCGUUGCACAUUCGUGAAUGCGUACCUGUUGAGCAAGGACAAUGUCGUGCAGGGCAUUUACUGUUCGAUGUAUACGCAAGUAUGGGGACCGGAAUUUGCCACGAAUUACGGACAGUACCGCGGGACCAAUAGAUAUACGGUUGCUAACUCGUACGGGUAUGCGCUAGCUUAA